AUGACGAAGGACACCAGCUUUCGCGAACAUCACAGAAACGAGUCCGACGAUGGUGGAGAAGCAGCAGUACCGAGCUAUGUUGCAAGUAAAACACUGCAUAGCCAGAUAGACUCCAGUGUCGAGUCCAUUGAAAGCGACGGAAGGAUUCAUUUCGCAGUCAAGAGUGACGGAGAUGACAUCUUGGAUCACCUAGGGCUUGCACCCAAUAUGAUCAAAGAGGCGGGACAAGCUAAUAAUGCAAAACCCACCACAUCACCAGACUGUACCAGGCCGCCAAAGAUGGCCAUUCUCAUGCUUGCGGUAGGCUCCAGAGGCGAUAUCCAGCCAUUUAUCGCUCUAGCACUGGCUCUGCAACGAUUCGGCCAUCGGAUUCGCCUUGCAACUCAUUCUCUAUUCCAGCCAUUCGUUGAAGAGUAUGGCAUCGAGUUCUUCGACCUUGGAGGAGAUCCAAGAACGCUAAUGUCGUACAUGGUGGAGAACCCGGGACUCAUGCCAGGCUUCGUUGCUUUGCAUACAGGAGAAGUUGGUGCGCGUCGCAAGACAAUGCAAGGGAUCAUAUACAACUGUUGGCAUGCUUGCUUUCGAUCCGACCAGAUCGUAUUGCACAAGCAUAUGAAUAUAGGCUCAAACGACAGGCGAAAGGAUGUAUCCCCGAAAGUCCAACGGCCUUUUGUGGCAGAUGCAAUCAUCGCGAAUCCGCCUGCACUUGGUCAUAUUCACUGUGCUGAGGCUUUGGGUGUGCCUUUGCAUAUCUUCUUCACGUGA